AUGUCAUCCACCCCAACGUUCCAACUCUUCACCUCCAUCCGCUACGACCAUCUCCUCUUGACAAGCAAAGAGAAUUCAAGACCGGAGCUGAACUUCAUCACGCCCUCGCCGUUCUACAUGCUGACGUAUCACCGCGACCGUAUGGUCGAAGCCGCACAACACUUCGACUUCUCCCCUGUAGUAGCCUUCCUAGCCGACGGCACAGCUCUGCAUCGAAACCUUCAGCAGCGAGUCACGGAGUGGCGGGCGAAAGAGGAGAAGCAAGACGGGCCAUUGAAGGUCAGGAUUUCGUUUGACGCCGAGGCAAAUAUGAGCGUGGACUUCCUGCCAAUCCCAGCGGUGCCCUUAACCACACUGUACCCGGCUUCGUUCGAUUCUCCACACGCAGCUCCGAAAGUGCAUCCCGCUCAACAGCAGGCGAAGAAGCCCUUCAGCUCCUCACCGCUGACCGGCGGCGCGCUGGAUCUCGGACCCACAGACGCCCUGCCUGCAGACCUACCCGCCAUCCCAGCGCCACCGGAGUGGAACCUGCGCGUAGACACCCAUCCCACGCCCAGCUCGCCCUUCACGCUCCUCAAGACGACAGAGCGGGACGUCUACGACGCGAGCCGGUCGCGCGCCCUGCCGGAAAACCCCGCAUCGCCAGUUCACAGGGAAGUCAUCCUGUACAACACCGUGCACGAAGUCACCGAAGGCACGCUGACUUCUCUCUACUUCUUCCGCGGCGGGAGGUGGGUCACGCCUCCUGUAGGCGUGCCGGAAGCCUUCAAGACCGGCCACAGUGGCCGGGACGAAAGCAGCCGAGGCGAGAAACACGAUGAUCCGCAGCAGAAAAACGAUCUUAGAGAUGAAGGUGAGCUUCGCAAACCGUUCGCUGGGCGCUGGGGCCAUAGCGUGCGCAGCGCCAAGGUCGGCGCCGGCGGACAGCGCGGCACGAGUCGGAGGUGGGCGCUGGGGAAGGGGUACUGUAUGGAAGAGCCGAUUGACGUUGGGACUGUGGAGGUGGGCGAGGGUGUGUGGGUUAGCAACGGCGUGAGAGGGUUUGGAUGGGGGAGGGUGGUAAGCUAG